AUAACAAAAAUCAAAAAAAUUCAUAUCCACUCACCGUGUCACCGUUUUCCUUCUCAAAAAACCUCAUCCUAUUUGGGAAUGGAUUUAGCCGAAAAUUUCUCCCAGUUAACAACAAAAUUCCUCUUCCUCAGUUGUAAUGAUGAAAAGAACAAAAUCAACAUGUCCGACCUCAACACUCUUCUAAAUGAUCUAAACAGUUUGGACUAUUUGCAAGGAAAGUUUGUGGACAAAAAAACUGCUGCCAGACUUAUUGAAUCUUUUAUAAACAUCAACACACAAGAAGAAACUCUAAUAGUCAAAUCAUGUUGUUUGUUGACUGUCCUCAUGAACAAACAGAAAAUUCAACUUUCUCGAGAUCAAUUCAAGAAACUAAUCGAAUGGCAAUUGAAAUGUCUGAAUUUUAACUUUGCUGCCACUGCCUGUGAUAUCCUAAUGUCAAUGCAUGCUUUGUUUAGGAAUCAUCAGAGUUUUGGAAAAGAGUAUUGGGAUGUACUUCUUUCGCCAGAUGGGCUUCUUUUGAGUUACCUUUCUAGCACCGAUUCCAAAAGCAUUGAAAAAUAUGAUGCGAAUUCGAUGGAAGAAAUAAUAAUCUCGAUAGUUCUUUGCAUUGAAUCACUCCUUAGUCCUGCCGAGUUAGUAGAAAUGGACAAUCAAACAGAAGAUCUUCUUUCGAUGAUUGGAAGUAAGAUUCUUGCAAUUCUCUACUCGGAUAAAAUCAAGUUCAAUCGUUCUGCUCAUCAUAUGAACUUUAUGACCACAUCUUUGAAUGUACUCCAUGUGAUUGCUUGUGAGAAUAGGGACUGGUGUGAUGCCAAUAUUGGAGAACUGUUGGGUCUAUCUAAAGCUUUUAUGCAUCACGGAAUCCCUGGGAUUCCACAAGUCCAAGCACAAAAGGUUCACAUUUCGCAGCAAUCGAUUGUCGAUCAAGGCACGAUGGAAGCUAAUAAUCGAGGAGGAAAAGUCGCGAAGACCCGAAAACCUCGAACAGUUAAUAAAAAUCGUAAAUCCGAUGGGAAAAUGAAGCAAAAUCCAAACAACGAUGAAGCGGUUCUUCAGCUACCAUCGGGAAGUAAUCUUAAAGUUGAUUUUGAAACUCCAAUAUUUAAUAAAACAAGUGAUUCGGAUUUUUCCGAAUCUGAAGCUAGUCGAACUAGAAACGAGCGACAUAAACAAGCCAAGCUGCGACUUGCUGCAAUUUCAUUAAUCGGUCUUAUAGCAAAAAAUGUUGAUAGGAAAAUAUUCUAUGGCUAUUGGCAUUCAUUGUUUCCAAAUGAUGCUAGCCCUGGGCUUUUAACUUGUGCUACUCGUGAUCCAAAUCCUAGGUGUAGAGUUGCAGCAUUACAGGCAGCUUCUGUCAUAUUAUUCGGUUCCAGAUCGUUUCUUUUGCAAGCUGAAUGGAGUGAAAAACCUCCAACAACUUUUAUGCCAUUUUCAAUAUCAUUAGCGAAUAUGAUAAUUGCAAUGUAUGAAGUUCUAACUCAAGCAUUGGCUAAUGAAAGUUCUCUACCAGUUCUGACACAGAUUUUAAAAUGCUUGACUGUGUUGAUUCAGGCCACUCCAUUCCAUCGUCUCAAACCUGGUCUGGUGACAGAAUUUGUAAAAUCAAUUCGCAAAUUAGUUUACCACAAAGACCCUACAGUCCAAGUAGCAGCUUUAAUGGUAAUGGAAUUCCUUAUUUCCACACCAGACAUAACAACAGAAAUUUCCGAAAUAGUUGGCAUUCCCAAAACAUUAAUUGGUACAAUGAUUCGAAAUCAGAAUCGAUUGAACGAUUCUGGUGUUGAAGAAGUUAUUGAUACAGAUUAUGCUGAAGAAACUUUAGAUUCAGAUUCUGAAGAUUUAAUAUCAUCCCCAGCUGUAACUUCAAAUUCUGUUCCAGCAGAAGAAAAUGCCAAUAAUACCAAAGAAAUUGCAUUUAAAAUGUCUUGGCUUUUACAAAGAGUUUUGGAAAAUCUUGGUGUUCUUGUAACUGAAUCAAAGGAAAAACAACCAGCAUCUACAACUCCAGUUCGAACUGAAUGUCUUCAAGUACUCUCAUCCAUGGCGCCGCAUUUCUCACUCCUUAAAGACCAUUUGCAAUUCAUUGCUGCCGCCUUGAAGUCAUCUUUGAAUGAUGCUCAACCGGAUAUUCGAUUGUAUACAGCCAAAUGUUUGGACAGUCUUGGACAUUCAAUGAAUACUUAUCUUCUUGAACAUGGUUCACCAUCAAACGAGGAACUAAUGUCUUGCCAGAAUUUCUGGAUAUCCAUGCUACCAUCUGUGAUUGAAAAGAUACAAGAUGCUGACCAAAGUCCUGCACUAAAAGCUAUAUUAUGCGAUUUUAUGUCAAAUAUUGGAGUUCAUGUUUUUGAAAGGCUUUCGCAUGUUUAUCAUAUUCAAUUGAUUGGCAUACUCUCAGGAGCUGGUUGUAAUGAAGAGAAUACAGUCCGAGCAGCUGCUGUGAGAGCUUUAGCAGUUUAUGUGUUAUUCCCUUCUUUACGUGAAAACUUGGUUUUCGUAGAGAAUACUGCCGAGUCCAUUUUACAGCUGAUAAAAGAUUCCAAUCUAUUUGUGAGGGUUAGGGCGUCAUGGUCAAUGGGAAAUGUGAGCGAUGCCCUCAUAACAAAUUUUUUUAACUCACGAGUAGAACGAAUAUCUGAAGACUUGUUGAAGCGACUUUUGGAAACAGCUAUAGAAUCAGCGAGUGAUAAUGAUAAAGUUCGUAGUAAUGCAGUUAGAACACUGGGAAAUCUACUACGCUUGAUAACACCCGAUCAUCUUAAAACACCAACAUGGAGAACUUUAGUUCAAAAAAGUGUAGAAAAGCUUGUUAAUUGUGUGAAUACGGGUGGAAAUGCAAAAGUUAAAUGGAAUUCCUGCUAUGCAAUUGGAAAUUUUAUGAAAAAUUCCGAUUUAUUUAAUUCACAAUACAACGAUAUGAAUUGGCCAAAUCUAGUUUUUCCAGCCUUGUGUAAUCUCAUUGUAAAUCAUAAUAAUUUUAAAGUUCGUAUAAAUGGAACAGCUGCAUUGAUGACAAUUCAAGAGCGAUCAAAUUAUGGUACACGUCUGCAGAUGGUUUGGACAGCUUUAUUAAAUGCCAUGGAACAAUCAAGUAAUUUAACAGAUUUUAAUGAAUAUAAACAUAGGGAUAAUUUACAAGAACAGCUUUGCAUAGCAAUAAGUCAUAUAAUUAGCUUUUCAACUUUGGAAGACUUGAAUAUGCUUAAAACAGAACUUGUUCCAAAAUUGGAGAUUGUUAAACAAAUAUGGAUAAGAGUGGUUAGUAGAAUAUUACCAGAAAAUGCUGCUCCACUUUUAUCAUGUGCAUUAAAAUUGCAAGACCAAAUUAAUAAAAAAGAACUUACAACGGAACAAAAGAAUGCAUGCAAAAUUUUAUCAUCGUGUUUUACUCAACCAAGUGUGGAUUCAUUUUGAAAUGAUUAAUAUUUUCAUAUUUUUUAAGUUUACAAUAAAAGAAAUAAAUUAUUAACACACAUUUUUUUAAUACUACAACAAACAAAGUGUUU